AAGGAAUAUUUGCAAUAUCGAUGUAAUGGCAAAUAGUAAAUAUUUCAAUAUUCAUAGAAAUUUUUAUUGGUUUCUAUAGUAACAAUAUCUGUAAAAUAUUAGUUGUCAUCUAUGGUUGUCAUGGAGAUAUUGUAUGUUUGAUCGAACUGAGAGUCAGCGUAUUAUUAUAUUUUUAAUUUUAAUUUGUGACUUUUAAUUAAUGACCAACAAUCAAGAUUUAAAGGAACAACAAAUGCACCCAGGAUUUUGCUCCGCUACCUGUGUAGAUAGAGCCAGCCUUCAGAAUGAAAUUCAGAAACCUGAACUGAAGACUUCAGAUGUGUUCAUUACCUGUAAUUUACCGAAAAGAUUUGAUCAUCCGCAUUGGUUCAAUGGCUAUGGAUGUCAAGUGAGCAAACAACAUCCAUUUUAUAGAACUUCUGCUAGCGUGUACGGAUGGUAUCCACCUGGCUUGCACUCGGUGCCAACAGUGUUUUUCCCCAAGAAUCAAAGAUUUUCCAAUCAUUUGUCGCAGUCAGGCAUGUACCGAAAUUACUCUCUCAACACCAAGUUGGACCCACAAACUUACAAAUAAAUAUAAAUAUCUUAAAGGCUUGUUUAAAUUUAAGAAUUUUAACAAUUUUUUGUAUAAUUUCUUGCAAAUAUGUAUUUUUUUGUGUAACAUAAUUAUCGUAUAUUUGUUGUAUGAAUUUUAAUAAUAAGACUACAAAUAAUUAUAUUCGUUUAAAUAGGCAAUUGUGUACAUUUAAUAAUGAUAAUUUCGUAGUAACUAAUAUUUAUUUUAAUAUUAAAAAUAAUUAAUUUAUAAUAAUUAAUUUAUCGAUAUACAAUGUUAAGUACAUUGUAUAUCGAUAAAAAGGGGAAGUUUUUGGACUUUCAGAAAGAAUUACCUAUAAUGAAUUAUAAUUAUUUAAGAUUGUAUUUAUUAGUAGUAUUGAUUGUAUUAUAAAAAAAAAACCGACUUCAGUUGUGACAAAAGAAUCUAUUGUGAUUUAAAAAUUAGACAACUGAAUCGAUUAUGAUAAAACUUUUUUGGAACUAAUCCAUAAGUAUUAUCCGUAUCCUUUUAGAUAAAAAAGAAUUUUCUAAAUAAAUUUAUAACUUCAGAGGAGAUAACAAACAUUGACGAGAUGUGAGUUAUGAGUUUAGAGUAAGAAACAUAAAAAAAUAAAUUAACAACCAAAUUGAGAACUUCUUUCCUUUUGAAGUCGUUUGAAAAUAGAGUUUUACAUUGCCAAUAUUUGCUUUGCUCAACUGAUUGUAUUUUUUAUUAUAGGAAUGAGUUUUAGCCUAUUAGCUCGUAUGUGUGUGUUUUGCGAUGCAAUUCCAGAAGGUCUUACUAGACAUAAAGUACACCUCAGACCUUACCACGAUUGUGUCUAUAUUUUAUUUUUUUCUUCAUUUCAUUUUGUAGCACUAUUAUGAAAACCUAAUAGUUUUCUGGCCCUGCUAAUACUUCUUACUCAAGAUUGUUGUCUUUUUGUUACAGUACCAAGGUGUAAGUACAUAUGAUAUUUUGUUUGAGAUACAUACGUGAAACAUGUGACACCAUCUCAUUACACGAAAUUUACGUUCCCAAGCUAUCAAUAUUUAUUAUAAGUAGGUAUCCCUGCUGAGUAAUAAAUUAUUUAAUUACCUAUUACAAUAUUCAACUAUCUCGUCUUGUUUGACACUUAGAACAAAAGUCACUUUUUUAUCUAUUAGGAAUUUAUUAGGAAGUUGUUCAACUUAUUAGAUAUAGUUUAAGAUUUUAUUUUACUAGAAAGUUAAAUUUAAAAUUGACCACAUUUGUAUGGGUCUAAUAUAUACACUUAAGUCGUAAUAAGUCAUUUAACCUAGUCGCAUAAAAUAUAAUCGAAUCUUUUUGAAGUCAGCUGAUAAAAAUAUAUAUCUGUCUGUGAAAGAGCUUAGAACUAAGUUACAAAUAAUUUCAUCAAUAAAUAUAUACUUAUAGUAGCUAAAAGUUGUGUAAUUUCUUUCAAAAUUUAAUUCAGUUUAAUGGGAAUAUAUACCUACAAUGU